ACUCAUUUUACGAUUUUGACACAAAACACCCCAUACUACUCCAUUCAUCACAUCACGUCACAAUGUUACUUUUCAGAUAUUACCACGUGUUAUUACUGCACGGUGGACCACAGCUCCUGUUAGCCAACUCUCGCCACAAGAUAUGGGUUAUUGGUGGUAGAAAUUUGGCUAGAAAAACUGUACAAAAAUGUAUUAAAUGUUGUCGUUUUUCCGGUAAACCUAGACAGCCAAGGAUGGGUGAUCUUCCUGAACCUCGGAUUCAUGCAGAAUAUCCCUUCUUUAGCACGGCUGUUGACUAUGCCGGCCCAGUAAUGAUAUUGAACCGAAAGGGUAGAGGUAGUAAACUACUCAAAGCUUACUUAUGUAUUUUCGUUUGUAUGGCCGUAAAGGCUAUUCACAUCGAACUUGUGACUGAACUGACCAGUGAAACAUUCAUGGCUGCGCUGCACCGAUUCAUAGCCCGCAGAGGAAAACCUGCACACAUUUACUCUGAUAACGGUCGUUGUUUUGUGGGAGCCUGCAACGAAUUAUCUCGAUUUUUAAAACAAACCUCAAAUCAAAUAAGUUCCAAUGCAUCAAAAAUAUCAAUAAAUUUCCACUUUUCCCCCGCUUAUAGUCCCCAUUUCAACGGCUUAGCUGAGAGUGCAGUUCGGUCAGUAAAACAUCAUUUAAAGCGAAUUAUUUCUUGUACUAACUUAACUUAUGAAGAAUUGAAUACCGUUUUAACUAUGACCGAGGCAAUUUUGAACGGAAGACCCCUCACUCCCUUAUCUUCAGACCCUUCGGACCUUUCAGCCCUCACUCCGUCACAUUUUUUGAUCGGACGAACAGACACGUUGCUCCCAUCUCCUCAGGCCCCUGAAUCUGCUGCCAUGUGUACCUUGUCACGCUACAUGCGAAUUCAACGGCUAAAGGCCCAUUUCUGGAAUCGAUUUUACAAUGAAUAUAUUUCAGAGCUUCAAAAACGUCACAAAUGGACCAAAGACGGAGGACAACUCAAAUUAGGAGAAAUGGUGCUCGUCAAGGACGACCGACUGCCUCCAAACCAAUGGUUACUGGGUCGAGUAACACAACUUUAUCCCGGCACUGAUGGAAUAUCCCGAGUGGCCGAUGUACUCACCAUGUCUGGAACUGUACGGCGCGCCUUCAAUCGCCUAUGCCCACUGCCAGUAGAAGACAACAGCUUCGUUCCUGUGGGGGGGCAAUAUGUUAACGCCUAGCGUAUGUGUGCCAUGCAUGAGACACACAUACUCACACGGCGACAGCAACAGAAGCGCGGGCGCGGCCCGCGCCCCACUCUUCGACUAACCAGCGACGCAUACGUACAUAUAGUACUUAUCUACUAUGUAGUU